CGCUCGCGCACGCGGAGAACAGACGGAACGGACAGCGGAAUAAAACAUCAUCAUGCCGCACUGAUUCCACACCGCGAGACAAACGAAUGACCGGAUCGACUGAAUAACAUGUGGAAGAGGGAUGUGCCAACAUCAAAGGGGAAUAACUCUCUGGUUAGCAUGGCGCUGGGGCUCGGACUGGUUACGGUGGCUCCUGAAGGUCACAACAGAUCGUGGGAGACUCCAGUGGUCACCCCAGAGAUGCCCAUCUUCCUCAUGACAGCGACCGCCCAAACCAUCUCUGGAAUCUUUACAUGGACCGCACUAAUGCUCACCUGCCAACAGAUCUACAUGCACUUGCACUAUUAUAACUCUCCUAAUGAGCAGCGGCAUAUCGUUCGGAUUCUCUUCAUCGUGCCGAUUUUCGCCUUCGACUCGUGGCUCAGCCUGCUGUUCUUCACUAAUGAGGAGUAUUACGUUUACUUCGACACGGUUCGUGACUGUUAUGAAGCAUUUGUGAUCUAUAACUUCUUGAGUUUGUGUUAUGAGUAUCUGGGAGGUGAGAGCGCCAUCAUGGCGGAGAUCAGAGGAAAACCCAUCGAGUCCAGUUGUGUGUACGGGACGUGUUGUUUAUGGGGCAGAACAUACUCCAUCGGCUUUCUGCGCUUCUGUAAACAGGCGACUCUUCAGUUCUGUGUGGUGAAGCCACUGAUGGCCGUCAUGACCGUCAUUCUACAGGCAUUUGGGAAAUACAGAGACGGAGACUUCAAUGUGGCGAGCGGUUAUUUAUACGUGAUGAUCAUCUAUAAUAUCUCGGUCAGUCUCUCUCUCUACGCUCUGUUUCUCUUCUACUUCUCUACUCGAGAUCUGUUGGAGCCGUACAGUCCCGUACUGAAGUUCUUCAUGGUGAAAUCGGUCAUCUUCCUCUCAUUCUGGCAGGGAAUGCUGUUGGCUAUUCUGGAGAAAUGUGGCACGAUUCCUCGGAUAAACUCUCCUGAUGUCACAGUGGGGGAAGGGACUGUUGCCGCCGGUUACCAGAACUUCAUCAUCUGUAUUGAGAUGUUUUUCGCUGCGCUGGCGCUCCGACACGCGUUCACAUACAAGGUCUAUAUGGACAAGAGACUCGACGUUCACGGUUGUAUUCCAGUCUAUGGGCAGUACGGACAUUGUGCUCCCAUGAGUAUCUCCAGCAGUCUCAAGGAGACGAUGAAUCCGGGCGAUAUGUUUCAGGAUGCAAUUCAUAACUUCUCUCCUGCGUAUCAGCAGUACACACAACAGAGUCGGGUCGAACCGCUGACCCGAUCCAACAGCACCAAUGAGAAAACACUGCUGCUCAGCUCUGACGACGAGUUCUGACCCACACACACCCACACACACACACACACACACACGCACACACACACAGACAGGCUCUGUUUCUAACCCUAGUGAGCUGCCUACCUAGACAGCAUUUUAGGCAACAAAACUAUGCUGCCUUAUAAAGUACGUAACUCAUUCGUUGCAGUUUGCUUUAUCUUGUAUAUUUUAGGUUGUGUACAGUGAGGUGAAUUCACUUGUGCAUAUCCACUGAUACAGCUUUUGUCAUAUAUAUAUAUAUAUAUAUCUUUUUCGUUACUUGAUUAUGUGAUCAUGUAAAAACGAACGUCCAACUCUGACGUGGGAGCUUCCAUCGUGCAUUUAAAGGCAGCAGUGGCUUCAUUAGUAACUUGGAGUUGUUGCCUAUGUUGAGUGUCCCAUUUUAGUUAGUAUGCUGCCUUAGUAGGUAGCAGCCUAUGAAGUGAGUAAACAGCAUGACAGCUCACUGGUGUUUGGAACAGAGCUACAGAGAGACAGAUUGAUAGACUUUGAAUAAAGAGAAUCAGAAUGUGCCAUAUCACAUAAACACCCUUUGAGACACUUUUUAAAGAGCUUUACAUGUAUAUUUCAGGGUAAUGUGCAGGUAUAUUUACACAUUGACAUUUCUAGAUUAAGUGCUGCAUUAUAAACUACAGGGGCGACGACUGAAAUGCCUUUAACAUCAGGUACACACACAAACACUCGUCUAGCUCACUGAAUGGACACUAUAGUCAGUACCUGCAAUUUUCAUUGAUGCUUUUUUGUUUCUAUUAAUUUUAUUGCUGUUCUAUAGAGAUAUUUCAUUCAUUCUUUCUCCCUCUGACUAACUGAGAUGUAAAGAUGAUUUAUUCUGAAUAAUAGACUUUCAGAUUAAACUUCAGAGAUGUUUGAAAGCAGUAGUGAAGAAUGAGUUACUGUGGUGAUUUAUGAUGUUAUAAAGAGUGUUUAAUAAACCGAUAAUAGAUGAGCAGAGAGUGACUGUUUCAUGACAAAAACUGGGAUUAUAAUAAUUUCACAGUAAUGGCUCAGAUUAUAGAUGGACUAUUCUCUGAACAAAAUGAUUCCUGUCCUCAGCAGAUAUUGCUCAUUGAAAUAAACAGAUUUAA